AGAAAAUAACCAGCAGUCGAUCAAGUCACACAUUGACUUGAAAAAAAGAAUCAAAGAUGCACAUGGACUAAAGUAAAAAUGACGAAGUACAUUACGCCAGGUCCACAGCACCAAAACAUAAAACCAAGUUCUUUUUUGGAACACAUAAACAGAAACAGAGUUCGAAAAUUGGAAGGCGCUACCCAUCUUCAAUAUUCUCUCUGCUCAUAAACGCUUCGACUCUGUUCGAUCUCUGAUUCAGUAGUUCAAACUCCUCCAAGCUGUAUGCGUUGCUCCCAGGAACUACACGGCGUGCUUCGUUUUCGAAAUCCCAACGCCAUCACUUAAAUCUUGAAAGCUCAACGUUUCCUGUUUCUGUCAAAGAUUCAAUUGUCGAGCAAAGGAAAGCUGUUCUUUUGUAAAUUUCAGGCAAUUCAUACCUUUACAUUUGCUUUUCAAGUACUCAAGGGUGCGAGAAAGGUGGACUACUAGCCCGUGCUGUGGUUAGGGUUUUAUGUUCGUAGUUGAUUUGGGGAUUUAUAGAAUCUACUAUACGAGUGAAACUUUUGGGCUUCGGAUGACUAUUCGGCUAAUGGGUUGUGGUAUGAAUUUAGGGUUUCAAUCGCGAGUCAUGUAAAUCUGUUGGAUUCGAAGCGUUUCUACUUGCUUUUAAUGAUUUGCUACUCAAGACGAUGGUUUAGAGGCUUGACUAUAUCUGGGCGUGACUAUUAGGGUUCACUCGUAGCAUAGCAUAUAGAAAGGCCUGAAAUUUCGUCGAUUGGAGAAGAUUGUUAUGUGAAUUACGGGGUCUGUUGGUGAAUUGAGGUGAGACAAAGUAGAGGGAAAUGUUUUACUCGCAGUUUAUAUUGGCAAAGAAAGGCCCACUUGGGACGAUAUGGAUAGCGGCACAUUUGGAGCGCAAGCUUCGCAAGAAUCAGGUUGCCGACACCGAUAUUGGCGUCUCUGUAGAUUCUAUUCUCUUUCCAGAAGUUCCGAUUGCUCUUAGGUUGUCCAGUCAUCUUCUGCUUGGUGUAGUGAGGAUAUAUUCUAGAAAGGUGAAUUACCUUUUUGAUGACUGCAGUGAGGCUUUGCUUAAGAUAAAGCAAGCUUUUCGCUCCACCGCAGUCGAUUUACCUCCAGAAGAAUCUACUGCACCGUAUCAUUCUAUCACUUUGCCUGAGACUUUUGAUCUUGAUGAUUUUGAGCUACCAGAUAACGACAUUUUUCAGGGUAACUAUGUUGAUCAUCAUGUCAGUACAAGGGAACAGAUUACUCUCCAAGAUGCAAUGGAGGGUGUGGUUUACUCAACAUCUCAGUUUGGAUUGGACGAGCGAUUUGGUGAUGGUGAUACUUCUCAAAUUGGUCUAGAUUUUGAUGAGGACUUGUUCUUAGGCAAGGCUGCAGCUCAAGGGAAUGAUGGAAUUUCUGG